GCCGCCGGGGCUAAUUAUACUGCGGCGGAUGGAAGCGACCUUUUUAAUAGACCACGACUAGACCGUCUCCUGCCGCCAUAUGAGUAGUCGAGACGCACCGGAAAUAUUAUCAUUAUUUUCUCGCUACCUCUAUUUAAUACCCUCUAUAUACUUGCAAGUUACGGCAAGGAGAUUGAACAAUAUCUCACCAUGGCUGUGUACUAUGCCAACCGCAACCUCUCGCCAGACCAGAGCGAUCAGUGGCCAAUGAAUUUCCCAUCCUUGCCACCGUCUGAAUAUGAUCGCCUUCUUGGCUGGUCUAUGUUUGGGGCGGGCUUCACCAGCGCUGAGCCCGUCCCACCACCCCAGAACGCUCAGCUGCAGUUUGCAGAUGUCUCAUCGACCGAGACGUAUAGCCUUGACAUAACGAAAGACUACUGGUGUCCCUCAAGCUACCCAAAUGGCAUUGGUGCAACUGGGUAUCACACACCUGUGCCAUUCAGCAACCCUCAAGCCACCGUAUACCAAGAGCAUGACCAGACGGAUGUCAACGAUCCAACAGCUUCUACUACGUACCAACAUCCGGGUGCGAACACUCCACAGCGACCGAUGCGAAAACUGAAACGUGAACCACUUAGCCCCAAGUCGCAUCCGUCGCCCUCCAUGGCGACACCCAUCAGGCCCAAGCCAAUGCCAAAACGGCGGUCAUCGCAAGACAGCAACACAUCACAGCGUCGGCGGUCCACAUCUUCGGACAAGGAUAAUGAUCCGAACAUCUGCAUGCUUCGAAAGAAAGCACAUAAUCAGGUCGAAAAGCGUUAUCGCGCAAACCUGAAUGCAGGGUUCAAACAACUCGAAGAUGUCACUAAACAAGACACCACGACCACGCCGACCGAUACCAAGAUGGCGAAGGGCUUGAGACCCGGUCGCAAAGCGUUGAUUCUGCAACAUGCAUACGAACACAUCAUCGGUCUCCAGGCUGAACUUCGAAUACUGCAGAGAAGGCUUGGUGAACGGUAAGGCCAGGUUUGGAUAUCGCAUUAUACACUCAUUGUAUUCUAUAUACCACACUCGCUGGCAUCUUCUAUAUUGCUUGUUGCUCUUUCAUUCAGCCUAUAUAAAAAUUAUACUGUACCUAAUCACCAGAGUUAUAUAUUUUUCGGUGUUCUGCAUGGAGUUUAUGGCAUGGUUAUAAUGAUGUUUCUUCGUUGGUUGCGCUUAACUG